AUGAAUCAAACGCAACAAGUACCCUCCACUACUACUAUUACUACUACUAUUACUAUGCCUUACAGCAGUGCCACUACCACCACCAUGUAUGAUGACCCUUUGUUUGAUUUGAGCUGUCUACUAUCAUCAUUCUCCCAAGAUACAUUUACAUCUUCCCCGAUCGCCGGUCAUGAAAAUGAUCCGCAUCAAUUUUCUCAUAUGCAUCACCACCAACAACAAGCCUUCACUUCCACUGCUACUUCUACUACCACCACUACCAUGGAUAACAAUGAUCCAUCAUAUUAUGGUCCCUAUGUCCCACCUGUCACAUUGCCUAUAUUAGAAGAUGCACAAUCAUCCACUACUACCAGCAACAUGUCCCAUGCAUCUUUAUCACCUACCCCGUCAUUUCCUUCUUCUCCCUAUGCCCUUUCCUUGACAUGUAACAAUUUCUUACAACCUGAUCGGCCCGUUGACUGUCCCGAAGAUGACCAUGAUGAUGGCACCAUCACCACCCAUAACGUCAUAUGCCCCCCUACCACCCACUCCUUUCCCUCCUCACUUGAAGAUACCACCCAACAUGAUUCUCCUAAAAGAAAAAAUGGUGGUCGACGUAUCAAGCAUGUUCCACCUUAUGCAUCCAAUAUGGUCAAUCUUUAUUUUCCAAAGCCCAAGAAAUCAUCAUCAUCGACAACAAUCAACCAAAAGGAACAACAACGUCGACCUCCUCCUCCUCCUCCCACCACCAAAGUCACCAAAACUGAAUGCCGGCGUCGUAUGUUUACAUGUGAUGUGGAAGGAUGCAACAAGAGUUUUACUCGGCCAUACAAUUUAAAAUCGCAUAAACGUACACAUACGUUGGAACGGCCUUUUGCAUGUGCCUUUUGUCCAAAGCAGUUUGCAAGGCAACAUGAUCGUAAUAGGCAUGCACGGCUUCAUACGGGUAUCAAAGCUUAUAUUUGUCAGCACUGUCAAAAAGGAUUCGCAAGGCAAGAUGCUCUUAACCGACAUCAACGACCGACUUUGGAUAAAGGAUUUCCAUGUUGUAAAAAGAAAAAAGGCAAAUAA